GAUGGGCGAAACCAUGUCAAAGAGGCUGAAGUUGCAUCUAGGCGGGGAGGCAGAAAUGGAGGAGCGGGCGUUUACCAAUCCCUUCCAGGACUACGAGGCAGCAGCCUCCGCGUUGCUUGCCGCUGGAGCGGCCGAGGAGACUGGCAGUGCUCGACCCCCGCACACUACGGAUGAGCUCAGCCUCCCUUUUCACAAUGAUGGGAAGAUCAUUCAUAGUUUUACAAGGCGGAUCCAAACCAAAAUUAAAGAUCUACUACAGCAAAUGGAAGAAGGGCUGAAGACAGCUGAUCCACAUGACUGCUCUGCUUAUACUGGUUGGACAGGCAUAGCCCUAUUGUACCUGCAGUUGUACCGGGUUACGUGCGAUCAGACCUAUCUGCUCCGGUCCCUGGAUUAUGUGAAGAGGACACUUCGGAAUCUGAAUGGCCGCAGGGUCACCUUCCUCUGUGGAGAUGCUGGGCCCCUUGCUGUAGGAGCUGUGGUAUACCAUAAACUCAAAAGUGAUUGCGAGUCCCAGGAAUGCAUUGCAAAACUUUUGCAGCUCCAGAGAAGCAUUGUGUGUGGAGAUUCAGACCUUCCUGACGAGCUGCUUUACGGACGAGCAGGUUAUCUGUAUGCUUUACUGUAUCUGAACACAGAGAUUGGCCCAGGCACCGUGUGCGAGUCAGCCAUUAAAGAGGUAGUCAGUACUAUAAUUGAGUCGGGUAAGACUUUGUCAAAGGAAGAGAGAAAAGCUGAGCGCUGUCCCCUAUUAUAUCAGUGGCACAGGAAGCAGUAUGUUGGAGCAGCCCAUGGCAUGGCUGGAAUCUAUUACAUGUUAAUGCAGCCAGCAGCAAAAGUGGACCAAGAAACCUUGACAGAAAUGGUGAAACCUAGUAUUGAUUAUGUACGCCACAAAAAAUUCCGAUCUGGGAACUACCCUUCGUCAUUAAGCAAUGAGACAGAUAGAUUGGUCCACUGGUGCCAUGGUGCCCCUGGUGUCAUCCACAUGCUUAUGCAAGCGUACAAGGUGUUUAAGGAGGACAAGUACUUGAAGGACGCCAUGGAAUGCAGUGACGUGAUCUGGCAGCGAGGCUUGCUACGGAAGGGCUAUGGCAUCUGCCAUGGGACAGCCGGAAAUGGUUACUCUUUCCUUUCUCUGUACCAUCUCACACGGGACAAAAAGUACCUCUACAGAGCUUGCAAGUUUGCAGAGUGGUGUCUUGACUAUGGAGCACAUGGGUGCCGUAUUCCUGACAGACCCUAUUCUCUGUUUGAAGGUAUGGCUGGUGCCAUCCACUUCCUCUCCGACAUCCUGGGACCAGAGACUUCACAGUUUCCAGCAUUUGAACUUGGCUCUUCACAGAAGGAUAAAAAGGUGCAAAAAGACAACUAA